GGCCGUCGGUCGAUCUCUUCUAGCUAGUAGAAGAAGGCUCUGUCAGUCUGGUCAGUCUCUACGGUGGUGUUUUACCCGACGGGUCGCGGUUCUUCUUGGAGCAGUGUUUAGUUGAAAACGUCGCCGUCGUUGGUUAAAUUAGUUUGAUAAUGGCAGUUUAGUAGCCGUGGAAAAAGAGGAUAAUUAAGUGCACGCCAUCCGUCAGCUUUUGAAUCAUCACGCAGUUUUACGGGCGAACAAUACGACUGGGAUUUGUGGAUUGGUGCAAGAGUAUAUUAUGGGGUAAGAAGCCCUCUCGCUGGCUGCUAAUCAAUGAAUGAAAAGAAAGGGACGCUUCCAUUAUCACAGCUUACUAGAUGAAAAUAUUUACAUCGCGCAGAAGAGCCUGCUUAUUUUUUUGGUGCGUAACGAGAAUAAUUCGUUUUUUGUGCGUGAAUUGUGGUUCCGAUUAGAAGAGGAAACUCCGCGGAACCAGAAAGAAUCGGAAAAAGCAAGAAGAAAAUCAGCCGAGGCUGUGAAAUUUAAAUAGCGCCUCGUCGUAUCAUAUCGGAGGGGAGAAGAAGAAGAACAAGAGUGCGUGCGAGUGAGAAAAUUUUUCAAUGAAGGUGCAAUACUUUGCAAUAGAUUACAGCCAGAUGGAGUAAUUUCAGGUGUUUCCAAUUUGAAAGAGCAGAACUUCGCCAAUUCCGAGAAGUGCACCUCGAAAGGGAAAACCUAAGAAGGCGCGACGAGGGAUUAUUACGCGAUUCUACGGGGAAGAAGAAGCAGUGCACUAACUAACUAGCAAGCAGCAAGUAGGCGACACAGGUUUUGGAAUUUUCCUUUGGCGAAUUUCCUCGGUUGCUCGGACGAAAAGUGCGCGGAAGGCACGGAGGGAAUCAACAAUUUUACGACACCGCGAAAGUUUGUUACUGUUUGCCAUUCCGCCGGGACAACGAAGAAUCGGCGGUGCGGUUUUUCGACGUGGCAGACAGGUUUUUCGUGCAUCAGGAAAAAAGAAGCUCCGGCAGCAACAGAAGGAGGAGAAGGGGAGCAGGCAUUAUUCUCGAAGUAGUGGGCGGAGAAGAGCGCUGGGACAGAAACAGAUACAACGAGCAAAAGACGGAUUUUCUAGCGCGACGCAAACGAAAGGUUAACAACAAGAUGCAACCGGCUUUGUGUCGAGUGGAGAAGGUCCUGCUGAAGUGACCUCCAUCAUCGUCCAUCAUCCAACCCCCCUUUUGAAACAUCGUCCUUCGUCCACUAAACGCCUUCGAAAGGAAACGACAAAAGUCAUAAACCUCGUCCUCGCUGACGUCGGUCGCGCCUCCCAUAUCGCCUUGGACUGAAUGUUGGUGUAUUGAAAACAGAAGCAGUCCGGUCUCCCUCCGCGUAACAAAGGACAUCCGACACAUACACACCCAGGCAAACACUUAACGCGCGAUGCGAUGUCCUUGAAGGGCACCGAAGACGGAGCGCACAGCAAAUCUAAGCCAUCUUUGUUUAGCUCCCGAUAAGGGUCUAAGGUCACGCGAUUCGCUGCAAGUUGGACGGACAUAACAGGCCGUGCGGGUUUGGAAAUAGCAUUGGCCUACUAAGUGGACCCACAAUCACCAUCAUCAACAACAACACCCUUGAAUGAUGUUCGGCCAACGCAGCGAAAAGAUGGAUCUGAACAACGAGAACAUCCAGUCCGCUUCGGAGAUUAUUGAAAACCGUCUCUACUUCGUCGCCUUCAAGAAGGACUUCAAACCACGCGGCACGUCCAACACCCACUACUUCAGCAUCGACGACGAGCUGGUGUACGAGAACUUCUACAACGACUUCGGCCCACUCAACAUCUGCAUGCUGUACCGGUACUGUCGUUUACUGAACGAAAAGCUCCGCUCAUCGCAGCAUGCCAAGAAGAAAAUCGUCCACUACACGACGGUGGAUGCGUCCAAGCGGCUGAACGCCGCCUACUUGAUGGGCGCCUACUCGGUCAUCUACCUGAAGCGCACCCCGGACGAAGCCCUCAAACCCCUAACCUCCGGAUGUAACGUGCUGACCUACACCAAGUUCUGCGACGCGUCCUACGUCUACUCCGGCUAUCGGAUAUCGCUGUACGAUUGCAUCCACGCCGUGGCCAAAGCGCUGGACGCGGGCUUCUUCCGCUUCGACGAUUUCGACGCGCAGCAGUACGAGUACUACGAGCGGGUCGAAAACGGCGACUUCAACUGGAUCGUGCCGGACAAGUUUUUGGCGUUCUGCGGACCGCACAGCAAGUCCCGGUUGGACAAUGGGUAUCCGAUUCACGCACCGGAGACGUAUUUUGAGUACUUCAGGAAGUACAAUGUGACGACGAUUAUACGGUUGAACGUGAAGAUUUAUGACGCGGCGAGGUUCACCAGUGCGGGCUUUACGCACCACGAUCUGUUCUUUGUGGACGGGAGCACGCCGAACGAUGCCAUACUGAAGAAGUUUUUGACGAUCUGCGAGCAGGCGGAUGGGGCCAUUGCGGUGCAUUGUAAAGCGGGUCUCGGUCGGACCGGUACCCUCAUCGGGGCGUACCUCAUCAAGCACUACAACUUCAACGCGCUGGAAGCGAUCGCUUGGCUGCGACUGUGCCGUCCCGGAUCGGUCAUCGGCCACCAGCAGCAGUGGAUGCUGAGCAAGGAGGCCUACCUGAUGAACGAGGGCGUGGCCUACCGGAAGCGCCACUCCAUCAGCAAGCCGCCCAAGCACGAGUACGGAAUCUACAGUAUUAAACAGUACGAUGAUGACAAUGGCGAUGGGGUGGGCGAGGAAGUGGAAGGCGGUAAAGAUUCGUCCGUUAGGACGUUUCUUUCGACGUCUUCGUCGGAGUCUUCGUCGAGUACGUCGUCUUCGGCGACUUCCUCGACUACGACCACUCCGGUGGCCAACAAGGUUCCAAUAGCGACGAUCGCCGGAAGCUGCAACAACAAUCGAGUGCAGAUGCUACUGAAGGAACGGGUCCGAGGGAUUUCCCACAAGGUGGACACCAUGCGGCUGAAUGAUGAAGAGGAACAACAGCAGCAGCAACAGAGACAGAGACAGAGCAACAACCUGAACAACAACUUCGACGGCGGAACGGGAACCGGACUGAUCGUGGACGUGGUCGAUGGAGUGGGCUCGACGAAGCCGUCGCCAGCGCCAGCUUUGACCACGGAUGUGAAGUGCGCCACCAUUCCAGUGACCCGGAGGUCCAAAAUGGUGCGCACCAGUAGGCUGAUUACAUUGGAGCAGUCGCAGCAGACGCAGGGCGACAAGCUAAACCAGAUCAAGGCCAUGCGCCGGAGACCGUCCCGAUCGGCCAACGUCAUCACGCAGUGUAGUAGUGAUCGAAUCGCUGCUGCUGCUGCUAGUGGUGGUGCUCCGACCGCAACUGUCCAAGCCAAUAAUCUCUUGAAUCAAAUCGCCUCAUCCACCACCAACAAUCACAAUCAACGCGUCAACGCAACGACAGCAACCGCAGCAGAAGCGACAGCAACAUCACCCAAACCAACGGCAGCAGCACCCCAGGCUUCUUCAACGGAAGUCGAAGAAGCUCCUGUGUCACGUGUUACCACCGGCACCGGCAGUUGCUCCACAACGGUGAACAGUAGGCAGCAUCUGACGGAAUCACCGGCAGCAGAGGGGAACCGAGCAGGGAAGCAGUUAACAACAAGUACCAUCACCACUACUACAACAACUACUAACACGUCGUCCAAUGCAACGGUCACAUCAGCGACGACGGCCGAUCCGGGAAGAUGCAACGCGACCGGCGUGCUGCUUCAGUGUAGCACCCGGACGCAGAAUAAUCGGCUGUACAGCAAAAGGUCCGUUUCCGCCAGCCAGCAGAUCCAGCAGCAAAAGAACCGAAAGAACAUACAAACCACAGCGGAAGUGAUUAUCACCUCAACGACGACAUCCGGAAUCACCACGCUGACCACGAACAGUACCACCGGCACGCCGAACUCGACCACCGCCAUUGUUGCCACCAGCCCCACAUCCGGAACUGCCGUCGUUUCUGCGAUCCCCACUUCCGCAGCCGUCAUCAAGCUGACCGUCAAGGACGAAGUCAAACCACGGGCCUCGGUCCGGACGGUACGGAACAACAGCCUGGACAGCUACCACCAUCACUAUCAGUACAUCAACAUCCCGAACAUCAUCACGUACAAGCGAGGGCGAUCGAAGAUCCCGGCCUCGGCACGGUUACGAUCGAGCCUGGCGGAAUCUACGGUCACCAGUGCAAAGAAGGACGCGUCGGCGGACGCGGAAAUCCAGCUGAUUCUGAACAAACCGAUGACCAGGAGGAUGCGGAAUGCCGGAGGCGGAACAGCGCCGCCACAGUUGAUCUCUACGGGGAAGUCCGCGGCGGUGGCCGCUGCCGUCGCCGACGAACUCAAUGGGAAUGGAGGUUUGUCCACGUCGCUUCCGCUGAGCGGUGACGACCACCGGAACAACAACGGGGACAUCAACCUGGAGCUGACGAGUCUGGCCGAGGCGGGUGGCGUUCCGUCCGCGUCGACUGCCCAAGGCGCUGGUAGCGUUGUGAAGCGCAACAAACGAUCUCGAAGCAGUACAAAGAUUGAGAAGGAGAAGAACGACGAGAAGGGGAGCAAGCUGCUGCGGAAGAAUGGCGGGGCCGGGGCGGGCGGCAGCAGUGGGAUUCCGGUGGCCACCAAGAUGAUCGGUGGGGAUUCCAAGGGGGUGGCGAGCAGCGUGGAGAGUAUAACUUCGGCGGCCAGUACUCCGACGGCCAGUUUGACGAGGAACACCUUCAGCAGUAGUUCGCUGAACCGGAAAGCCGGGGUUGGGUCGUCGAGGGUUGCCGCAACGGAGUCGUCUUCCGGGAGCAAUUCCCUGAAGGCGCGGAAGAAAUGAAGAACGCACUACUGAAGUGCGAUUGCCGGAUGGAAAUAGCAUUUGAGUAAGGAAGUACUAAUCCUAGAUUAGUUGAACUGCAAGUCGAGGUUAGGUAAGUUUAGAAGCUCGGGGAACCGCUCGGAAAUCCGGUUUCUGUGAUGUGAUUUCAUUGAUUGUCAUUUAGGUAUUUUACGCUUGGUUUUUUGUAUGUUUAAUUUCCCCCAUUCUACCUCUCAUCGAUCACGCACUAACUUUCUCCUCAGUUCUAUCCACCUAGCAGUGCGCAUACAUCUCGAACCGAACCAGUGUUACGCUUUUGCCUACGGUAGUAAUUUAAGUUUAGUUAACUCUCGAAGCAAGAAAAAAAAAGUUUACAAUCCAUCGCAGCGCGAUCGUUAUGUUUAAGUUUAGUGUCCAUAUCAUAUCUCAUCAUACAGAAUUGCGCGAUCAUGGAAUUGGGCGUGGUUUUUGUUGGGACGAAUCAACACGAACACGUGUGUGAGCAAGUUUGAGUUUUGAAAAGGAGUGCAAUGCUUGUUAGAAGUGCUUUCAGGAAAACAGGAAAAACCGAUAGGACCGCUAGCAUAUUUGAAACUAUUAACGCGCCAUAUACAGCUAUACAAAGUUUUCCCUUGUAAUUAUCGCUUGAUAACGAACAAUCUCAACAUGUAUUGAAUCGAAGCUCGCAAAAAAGGGGCUGACUAUUGUGUAACUACAUUUGUACAGAUUGUUGUAAAUAGGCAGCGAGGCAGGGACAUAUGUUGAAAUUAUGAAAGGAAAGGUAGUGAAUUGAAGUUUUUUUUUUGCGAAACAGUGCUACGGCGAGUUGGGCGAUUUUACAAAGUACAAAGUAAAAGUUGCGUAUAUUUUUUAUUAUUAAGCUCCUUUUAUGUCGCUCAGGUCGAGAUGAUUACAGAUUAUUGGUGCUUAUAAUAAACAGUAGGCGUUUAUUCGAUUAUUAUAAUAGCUCUGACUGGCUACUAGAUUUCUCUCAAUUCAACAAACCUCGUUUGCUGUAUAGGCACAAGAUUGAAUCCUAGCAACCAGUGCAAUAGCAUUCAAAUUGUUGUUAUUUUUCUCAUACAUUUCAAACUAUUUUGUAAUCUACAUCGUAUACACUAUUAAAAUAUAAAAUGUGUCUGUUUAUUACUCCAAUAAAUCUGUCUAGAUUCAAAGCGUUAUCAUCCUUCUUAUUUUCUCCAUCUCUCGGCAUUACUUCCUAACUGGGACAGAACCUGUUCUUUAACUUAGUCUUCUAGAUAUUUUUAAAGCUAUGAACAAGCUUCCUCUACAGAAGAUUUGAAAGAGCUUUGACAGAUGAUUUGAAAGUGUUUGCACAAAAUAUUUGAGAGUUUCUACAGAAGCAAAUUUCAAGGAGCUUUGAUAGCGAUUCUUUAAAAGCUUCCCAUGAAGCUUUAAUAAAUUUCCAAGUAAGGUUUGAAAGAGCUUCUCAUGAUGUCAUGAAAGAGCUUUCCAGGAUGUUUUCAUUAAGCUUCUCAGGAAGCUUUUCAAGAGCUCCCCCAGGAAGCUUUGAAAGAUCUUCCCAGGAUGCUUUAAAUGAAUUGAAGAUGCUUUGAAAGAGUUUCCCAGCAAUCUUCAAAAGAGCUUCCCAGGAAGCUUCGAAGAAUUUCCCAGAAAGCUCUGAAAGAGUUUCUCCUAAAGCUUCGGAAGAGCUUCCCAGGUAGCUUCGAAAGAGCUUAUCAAAAAGUUUUGAAAGAGCUUCCCAGACAGAAAGCUUCGAAAGAGCUUCCCAGGAAGCUUCGAAGAGUUUUCCAGAAAGCUUUGAGAAAACUUCUUAAAAAGCUUCGAAAAAGCGUCUCAGGUAGCUUUGAAAGAGCUACCCUGAAAGCUUUGGAAGGGCUUCUCAGAAAGCUUUGAAAGAGUUUCCCAGGAAGCUUUGAAAGAGCUUCCCAGGACGCUUUGAAAGAGCUUCCAAGAAGCUUCGAAAAAGCUCUCCAGGAAGCAUUGAAUAAGCGUUUCAUGAACCUUUCCAGAAGCGUUGAAAAAGUUUCCCAGAAAGCUUCAAAAGAGCUUCCCAAGAAGCUUAGAAAGAUCUUUCCAGGAUGUUUCAAAAGAACUUAGGAUGCUUUGAAAAAGUCUCCCAAGAUGCUUUGAAAGAGCUUCCCAGGAAGCUUCGAAAAGGUUCUCAGAAAGCUUUGAAAGAACUUCCAUAAACCAGGGUGUCUACUACCUGAAAAAACCUGGAAAACCUGGAAUUAUCAGGGAAUUUUAUUGAACCUGGAAAAAACCUGGAAUUCUCAGGGAAUUUCGAUAACAAUCAGGGAAAUUUCAGUGAGGUUGUAGUUCAUGAUAGAAUAUGUUAAUGACAAAGGAUUUUCGCGUUAAUGCCCCCCAAAAAUUUCAGCUGCGCCGCUAUCAAAACGUUUCUUUAGCUGAGGAUCUUUUCUGGUAUGAAAUUUAAUCGACUUCCCAAGAUAUGAUUCAAUUUUAUGAAUAUGUCUAAAUUUGAUCAUUAAUAAAUUCACACAUUUUCAAGCACGAUUUUUAAAUUAUUCGAAAUUUGAAAAACUGGAAAAUAAUUGGAUUUUGAGAAAGUAAUCUGGAAUUUUACCAGUUGCCAA